ACAACAAUCUACGCAGCCAACGGUGAAACCAAACUACUAUGUCUUCGCUCUAAAUGUGUAGCUAAAAUUACAUUACUAUUGGCUAUCUUACUGUGAUAGACAUUACGACAAUCUUAGCGUGAAACAAAUCUGUGUCAACAAAAACAUUUCGGCUCGAGUAGGCGGAGUUACAAGAUUUGUUUGUUUGCUGUACUGGUGUGAGCAAAAUAAGCUAGAUUUAGCAUCUAACUUAACUAAAAACAGGCAGCGAGAUUGUUAAAUCAGAAGUUAGUAGUACCAUGACCUCAUCAAUCAAGAAGCCUGAGAUCCACAUAAUUACAGGUGGCGGAGGGUUUCCAGGAUUCUCCCUGGGUAAAAGAUUGGCUAAGAAAGGUCACCAGGUCAAACUUUUGGAUCUUAAAGAACCUGUUUGGGAUCUUGAAGAGAGAAUGGAAUUUAUCAAGGUGAACAUCACAGAUGUUGAGAUGUUAUCUACAGUUUUCAAGGGUGCCAGUGUGGUUUACCAUCUCGCAUCAUAUGGGAUGUCUGGAAGGGAACAGUUGAACAAGGGGCUGAUAGAGAAAGUCAACAUAGGUGGGACAGAGGCUGUCUUAAAAGCUUGCCUGGAGAAUGACGUCACAAGGCUAGUCUACACGAGCACGUACAACGUCAUCUUUGGUGGGGAGGAGAUACGUAAUGGGGACGAGAGUCUACCCUACCUGACAGACGACAAGUUUACUGACCACUACUCCAAGACCAAGAUGUACGCUGAGAAGAAAGUCCUGGCGACCAACGGUCAUCUGACGGCCAGUGGCCGAACGUUCAAGUGCUGCGUCCUCCGUCUGGCGGGGGUGUACGGCCCGGGUGAGCAGCGACACAUCCCCAGAAUUGUGUCCUAUCUGGAGCAAGGUCUGGUCAAGGUGACCUACGGGGCCAAGGACUCGCUGGUUGAUUUCCUCCACGUGGACAACCUGGUUCAGGCUCACGAGCUGUCGGCCGAGUUUCUCAAGGACGAGAAGAACAGCGUCACUGCGGGGAAGGCUUAUUUCAUCAAUGACAACAAACCAAUCAACAAUUUCGAGUUUUUCCGUCCACUGUUUGAAGGGCUGGGUUACGGCUAUCCCAAAGUUAAUUUACCCAUGACAGCUGUUUUCUAUUUUGCGUGGCUCAUCGAGCUGAUCUACGCAAUUAUCAGCCCAGUUUACAACUUUCAGCCACUGCUGACCCGUACAGAGGUGUACAAGACGGGGGUGACCCACUACUUCAGUGUGGCUAGCGCGGCCCGGGACUUCGGCUACAGCCCCACCGUCCAGAACGACCUCUCGGGGGUGGUGGCGUACUACCGGAAACUGGGGCGGGUCAAGGGUCACCAAUCGUCGACCCUGGUCUACUACCUGGUCAACGCCAUCAUCAUUUUCGUCAUCUACCACAUCAUCUUGUUUUUUCUACCCGGGGUCACAGGUCAAACUUUUGGGAAUCAAUUCAAUAUAUUCAACUGAUUUUUUUUUUAUUAAUCUACAUCUCUUCCUCAAGUUGAUAUUAAAAUUGCAUAAUGCAUUAUAAUAUUGGUAGUAGUUGUCACAAAGUGUUAAGUGUUGUAAAAUGGAGAUUUGUUUUGUUCUAAAAGUAAAAAGAAAAUGUAAAGAUUUUAUAAUUUCAAUAAAGUUUUCAUUAUUUUUAAAUGUGUAUGCCAAAUGUUUUGUAUAGAUCACUAUCAACCUUUGUUUAAUCGUCUGAUACAGGUAGCUGUAGCCUACUCAGUGUCAGAAAGGUUUUAUUUAACAAACUCAUUAUUUGUUGUUCUGGUAUCAUUUUAUUU